AUGUAUCUUAUUUUUCCCCAGAAAUCAAAAAUCUCUACAUAUGACAAAAUGUGGGCAUUUAUGAGUAGCAGGAGGCAGUCAGUGCUCGUCAAAAGUAAUGAAGAAGGAAUCCAGCGGGUCCUCACCUCCGAUUAUGCUUUCUUAAUGGAGUCAACAACCAUCGAAUUUGUUACCCAGCGGAACUGUAACCUGACACAGAUUGGCGGCCUCAUAGACUCCAAAGGUUACGGCGUUGGCACUCCCAUGGGUUCUCCAUAUCGAGACAAAAUCACCAUAGCAAUUCUUCAGCUGCAAGAGGAAGGCAAGCUACACAUGAUGAAGGAGAAGUGGUGGAGGGGCAAUGGUUGCCCUGAGGAGGAGAGCAAAGAGGCCAGUGCUCUGGGCGUCCAAAACAUUGGUGGCAUCUUCAUUGUUCUGGCAGCUGGUUUAGUGCUCUCAGUUUUUGUGGCAGUGGGAGAAUUUUUAUAUAAAUCCAAAAAAAACGCUCAAUUGGAAAAGAGGUCCUUCUGUAGUGCCAUGGUAGAAGAGCUGAGAAUGUCCCUGAAGUGCCAGCGUCGGUUAAAACAUAAGCCACAGGCCCCAGUUAUUGUGAAAACAGAAGAAGUUAUCAACAUGCACACAUUUAACGACAGAAGGUUGCCAGGUAAAGAAACCAUGGCAUAAAGCUGGGAGGCCAAACACCCAAGCACAAACUGUCGUCUUUUUUUCCAAACAAUUUAGCGAGAAUAUUUCCUGUGGAAAUAUGCAACUUGUGCAAAAUAAAAUGAGUUACCUCAUGCCGCUGUGUCUAUGAACUAGAGACUCUGUGAUCUAAACAGUUGCAAUGAUUAGACUUGAUUUCCAAGCAUCAUGGAUCAACCAAGUUACACGGGGUUACACUGUUUAUCAUGGGUUCCUCCCUUCUUCUGAGUGAAUGUUACAUGUGCAUUUUGUGGCUUGUUUCAAAUGCAGUCCAGUGAGAAAUUACAGGCUCCUUUUGAAGCCCAACUGUUGUCAGGAGAUGGAAUAUCAAUGUCCAACAGGGUAACCAGUGAAAAAGUCGUAAGAAUAAAACUACUUGGAAUCAGCAAAAACUGUAGUGUUUCAAGAGACAGUACAGUCUACCCAGAUAAUAGAGUUGAUUAUGUUACUAGCCCCCAACUACUCAGUAUAAUUAUCAUCUGAAUAGACAAUAUGUGUUCAUAGGAUGUGAAAAAAAAAGUAAUGCAAAACAAAUCUGAAUUCCAUGGCAAAUGGAAUAUAAGGCAGAUCUUCAUCAGUUGUUUUUCUUUCUUUUCUUUUUUUUUUCUUUUUUUUUUUUCUUAUUUUGACAGUCUGUGUCACUGACUGAAAGAGAAAUGUCAAUUACUAGGGCAAUAAUGUUUUUCUUAAACUCAACAAAGCAGGAAAUUUAACAUACAACUCAGCCAGAUCCCUAUCUAUCUCCCGACACCCUUUCCCUAACCCUAUACCAUGAAUAAAAAAGCAACAGUUGGUUCAGCGAUUCUGAGUUUAAACAAUGAUGUUUUGCAAUCUUUGUCUUAACUUGUAAAAGAGGGCUGAGUAUUGAUGGCUAUGUGGAAGACUGAAGAUUUCAUUCUAAUAUUUGGAUAUGUCAAUCCAAACUUUUGUUCCUGCUAAAUAUGAACUUGAUGGAACCUGGGCAGAUCUCAGUGAUAGGAGAAAGGGGACCAGUCAGCUAUAGAAAAGUAUGUGAGAGAACUUUGAAGUGGACUGCAUUUACCAAUACAGUCACAAUGUUAAAUGAACAAAAUUCUUGAGCAGUUUUUUUUUUUUCAAAAAAAAAAAUGUUCAGGUUUAUUUGUGGAAAUGCAAGAUUUCUAUGAAAAUAGUUUUUGUAUGGAAAUUUUUGUAAUACUUUUUAUCAACAAAAUAAGAACAUGUGUUCCUGUCAGGGGUGUGAUGUCAAGCAUGAAUGGUAGUGCGUGUGCACCACCAACGUUUGGUGAAAACUAUUUUUAUCAAGAAAAAAAGGAAUCAUAGAAGAGAAAUAUUUUCAAGUUAGAUAAUAUAAAGGCUAGGUGCACUACCAACACUGCUUACCAUGCCACACCCCUGGUAUCCUUGAGGCUGAAAACAUGCUGUAUUGAACAAUUGUGUGUAAAAUGGUAAAGACACAGACCUCUUGACAACAUUGUGAUAACAGUUGAGUGCACACAGUUUGCUGUUUGAAUCCAAUGCACAAAAUUAAAAAAAAAAUCAUUAAAAUUAUGUCCAUUUUACUUUCA